CAAGGAGGUGUGGUAUUUUCACUUUCCCGACUGAGAUCUUUAAAUGUAAACAGCUAUGCAAGCAGCAAUGUCGUACUCCGGAAGAGUCGGUUUACCACCGAUAACAAACAAGAUGGACAGACGUUUCGUUUCACAGAAGGAAGUCGUACAUCCUACAUCUGAUAGAAUCAGUUAUAUCCGUGACGACCUCUUUAAAUGUCCAGUUACAGACUCCAUGGCUCACUGCAUCAGUGCUGACUGUCGUAUGGGAGCUGGGAUUGCUGUGGCAUUCAAAAAAAGAUUCCAAAGAGUAGAGGAGAUAAAAAGACAAAAUAAACCGAGAGGAGAUGUUGCUGUUUUGGAGAAUAAUAAAAGAUACAUAUACUAUUUGGUUACAAAGAAUCGUGCAUCAGAAAAGCCAACUGAAAAAGAUCUACAAAGAAGCCUGGAAGCCAUGAAGGACCAUGCACUGCUUCACUUAGUAACUUCAAUAUCUAUGCCUAAGAUUGGCUGCGGAUUGGACCGUUUGAAAUGGGAAAGAGUAUCUUGUAUCCUGGAAGACGUUUUCAAAAAUACGAAUGUCAAGAUCACAGUCUAUUACCUGUGAUCACAAAGUGUGGCCUCUUUAGCACUUGCUGCAUUCAGCCCAGCAUCCUGAUGAUAAAGGAGGAGCUGUGUUUGAUACCAAGCUUGUAUAUUUCAGUUUGGUAACCAGUCCAAUCAUUUCAGUCUUGUGAGCCGUAUCUCUGUUCUCUUUUAUGUUUGUUUUUUACUUGAGUUUAAAUGCGGCAUUCUUACAAGGGUUUGGUGACUGUUACUUUCAAAUAUGCAAAGUUAUAACUGACUUCUUUAAAUUUAGCUAUAAACAAAAUUAAAGGAUUUAUUUAAAUUUGCAGAUCAAACACAAAAUGUAUAUUUUCAUACACAGAAUGACGUCAAUAUAUGACACUAGUGUUUAUUUAGUAUGACACGGUUUGUUUAGUAUGUAUAUUUCCCAUGGAAAUAAAACAAUUGCAAAACA